AUGGCAUCUGUGGCUUCACCGGUUAUAUUUAAGGAGUUUUGUCCCUUGUAUUAUCUUCUCAAUGCCAUUCCUACAAAAGUCCAAAAAGGCUUUCGCUCUAUUGUGGUAUAUCUCACAGCACUUGAUACCAAUGGAGACUACAUUGCUGUGGGGAGCAGCAUUGGAAUGCUUUAUCUCUACUGCAGACAUUUAAACCAGAUGAAAAAAUAUAAUUUUGAGGGGAAGUGUGAAUCUAUUACUUUUGUAAAGCUGUUGAGUUGUUUCGAUGAUCUAGUUGCUGUUGGUACAGCUUCAGGUCGGGUUGCAGUUUUUCAGCUUGUGUCUUCAUUACCUGGAAGAAACAAACAGCUUCGGAGAUUUGAUGUUGCUGGUAUCCACAAAAGUAGCAUUACAGCUUUAGCUUGGAGUCCCAAUGGAAUGAAAUUAUUCUCUGGAGAUGACAAAGGGAAGAUUGUCUACUCUGCCCUAGACCUAGACCAAGGUAUUUGCAACUCCAGCCUUGUAUUGGAAGAGCCAUCUUCGAUUGUCCAGUUGGAUUACAACCAGAAAGUGCUGCUUGUCUCUACUUUACAACGGACUGUACUUUUUUACACAGAAGAGAAAUCUGUCAAGCAAGUUGGAGCCCAGCCCAGAAAAAACACUGGCAAAUUUGGAGCAUGUUUUAUACCUGGCCUGUGUAAACAGAGUGACCUGACACUAUUUGCUGCCAGACCUGGGCUUCGUCUCUGGAAGUCUGAUGUUCACGGAACUGUUCAGGCCACAUUCAUAUUGAAAGAUGUAUUUGCUGGAGGAAUAAAAACUUUUGAACUGUAUCCUCGUUUGGAACCACCUGACAGAGGAGGUUACAGCUCCCCAGAGAAACACCUUGGGCUUGUUUCAUGCUUUUUCCGAGAAGGAUGGGUGCUGACCUGGAAUGAAUACAGCAUCUACUUACUAGACACUGUGAACCAGGCUUUGAUUGGUGGCUUGGAAGGAUAUGGUGAUAUUGUGUCUGUGUCCUGUACCAACAAUGAGAUUUUUCUCUUAAAGGGAGAUAGAGACAUAAUAAGAAUUUCAAGUAGACCUGAAGGACUGUCAUCAAUAGAUGUGAAUCCAAAAUUGCCAAAUACUUUAACAGACACGAGUCCUAAAUUGCUGACCCCAGUAUCAGUAAAUGCAUCUGUAUCAUCUAGCCCUUCAGUGGAAGCAAAUAAAAAAAUGGUUACUUCUUCUUCAGUUAUGGGUGAUAAAAAUGACUCUCAUUCUUCAGUGAAAGAUGAUGUGGAAACUCCAACACUAUCGGAGAAAAGUUUUGAUAAAACGGGAGACUUGAGCAAUGAAACAAGAAAAAGGGGCUGCUCUGUAGUAAGUGAAUCAAGAAGCAGGAGCAGUUCAGUAAAUUCUGUGGACAGUGGCUCUAGCUUUAUGGUAUGUGCAGAACAACUUUCAGAACCUCAGAGAGAAGGUCUCAGCUCUGAAGAUUUUGAUCAAGAGCUCGUUGUAAAGCCAAUUAAAGUGAAAAAGAAAAAAAAGAAGAAACAAGAAAGUGGGACCAGGAAAAACCACAGCUCUCUGGAAGGAACACCGAUUUAUGAGCGUCAGCUUUCUGGUGAUAGUCCACAUUCAUUGAAUGCAGACACCUUUUCCAUGACUUCCAGCCUACUGAGUGGCAGCAUUGAUCAUGUGAGUACUGGAUCUCCAGAUCAGGAAAGCAUGUUCAGCGUGGACUCCCAUACAAUCUUGCAAGAAGAUAACGGUUCAGAAACUUUCAGCGUCCUGCAGUCUCCUGAGUCUGCAACUGUCCUAAUUAAUGAAGAAAAUGGAGAUAUUGUUGAUAUACAGAAACUUCCAAACAGUGACAGUGGCAUGGGUACUUCAGCUGUUACAGAUACUUUGACAUGUGUCUCUCCUUUAAUCCUCACAGAAGACUUGACAAGCAGUGUUGAUGGUGAAUAUAAUGGUAGUGUGGUUUCUGCAAGCAAUGAAUGCUGUCUUGGAAAGCUGAGCCAAGAGGAGGAGCAGGAUUUUCCUACACUGUGUAAAAUAGAUGAAAAUUUAGAUGAAAUGAAGUUGCAGGAUACUGAAAAAUCUUUUGAAGAGCAAGCCCUUGCAGACCAAAUGUUUUUGGAAUGUGACAGUGUACUUAAUGUUCAGCCAUCACUGACACCAAAGGAAAGUGAUGAAACUGGUAGGGAAAACCAAGAGCAGCUCUCUCUAAUACACAGCGCUCUGGCAGAUCCUUCUGUGCUCAACUUUGACAUUUCCAGCCAUGUUUGUUCAGAUACCACUUCCAUUUCUGGAUGGAAUUUUGAAAGUGCAAUCAAAGCUAAAUCUAGUACUAGUGCUGCUGAAUGGGUAACAGACACUCAUGAAAGUAAGACUGAGAAAUCUGCCUCAAGCGAUGAAGAGGAUAUUUAUGGACAUGGAUUACCAUAUUCAUCUUCGGAGACUAGUAUGCCUGAAAUUUGUCCUAGGCCUGGUUCCCAGGAUGUGGUCAAGAUAAGCCUAGACGAGAUGGUGCUGUUAAAAUCUGAUCAGUUUGCAGAGAGCUGGAUGGGAUACUCUGGCCCUGGUUAUGGCAUCCUGAGCCUGGUUGUCUCAGAAAAGUACAUUUGGUGCCUGGACUACAGAGGCAGCCUGUACUGCAGCGCGCUGCCCGCGGCGGGGCUGCGGUGGCAGAAGUUUGAAGAUGGUGUCCAGCAGGUGGCAGUUUCCCCCUCAGGGGCUCUUCUAUGGAAGAUUGAACAGAAGACUAACAAAGCAUUUGCUUGUGGAAAAGUAACUAUAAAAGGAAAACGCCACUGGUAUGAGGCUUUACCCCAGGCUGUAUUUGUAGCUUUAAGUGAUGACACUGCCUGGAUUAUCAGAACAAAUGGAGAUCUGUAUCUGCAAACAGGCCUGAGUGUGGAUCGUCCUUGUGCCCGAGCAGUAAAGGUUGACUGCCCUUAUCCACUGUCGCAGGUUACAUCCAGAAAUAAUGUUGUGUGGGCGUUGAGUGAGCAGCGGGCCCUGCUAUACCGGGAGGGAGUACGCAGCUUUUGUCCUGAAGGAGAACAAUGGAAGAGUGAUAUUGUCAGUGAAAUGCAAGCUUUGGAACCAGUGUGCAUAACCCUUGGAGAUCAGCAGACAUUAUGGGCUUUGGAUAUCCAUGGAAACCUGUGGUUCAGAACUGGUAUAGUUUCAAAGAAACCACAAGGAGAUGAUAACCAUUGGUGGCAAGUAAGCAUCACUGACUAUGUAGUGUUUGACCAGUGCAGCCUAUUCCAAACGAUAAUCCAGGCAACUCAUACGGUGGCAACAGCAGCUCAGGCACCUGUGGAGAAGGUGGCCGAUAAACUUCGAAUGGCAUUUUGGUCACAGCAGCUUCAGUGUCAACCCAGCCUCCUUGGAGUUAAUGGCAGUGGAGUCUGGAUCUCUUCAGGCAAAAAUGAAUUCCAUGUGGCAAAGGGAAACUUAAUAGGCACUUACUGGAAUAAUAUUGUGCCUCGUGGUACUGCUUCUGCCUCAAAAUGGGUUUUUGUGUUGGCUUCCACAGCUUCAUCUAAAGAAGGAAGCUUUCUGUGGCUGUGCCAAAGCAACAAGGAUCUGUUCUGUGUCAGUGAUCAGAAUCCUCAGUUUCGUCCUUCUACGGUGCAGCUGCCACCAGAUUCUGAAAUGGUGCACUACUCUGCCUGCCAGGAUGCCAUUUGGGGUUUGGAUAGUCUUGGGCAGAUAUUUAUCAGAACACUUUCAUCCAGCUGUCCAACAGGGAUGCAUUGGACAAAACUGGAUCUCUCUCAACUAGGUGCUGUAAAACUGAUCAACUUGACCUGUGGAAAUCAGCAUGUUUGGGCCUGUGAUACCAGUGGUGGCAUUUAUUUUCGUGUAGGAACUCAACCUCUUAACCCAAGUUUGAUGCUUCCUGCAUGGAUAAUGAUUGAGCCACCUGUACAGCCAGUAGGAAUCAACUUGGUCAGCAUUCAUUCAAGUCCAAAUGAUCAGAUGUUGUGGGCAAUUGAUAGCAAAUGGAAUGUCCACGUACGAGUUGGAAUUACAGAUGAAAUGCCUGUAGGCACUGACUGGGAACAUGUACCAGGUUUGCAGGCUUGUCAGCUGGCUAUAAGUACAAGGACCGUUUGGGCACGCUGUCCAAAUGGAGAUGUAGCUCGUCGAUAUGGCAUUACUGACAAGAAUCCAGCAGGAGACUACUGGAAGAAGAUUCCUGGAAAUGUCUCACGUUUAACAGUGACCCCUCUAGAUGAACUGUGGGCGAUCAGUGCUUCAGGAUCCCUUCUGCAGCGCCUCACUAAGACCUUUAGCCAUUCCCAUAGUUUGCAGAAAAAUAAUGACACUUCUGUUCUGCUUCACCCUGAUGAUUUUGAAGAUGAAUGGGAAGUGAUAUGAAGUCUCUCAAGCUUGUGCAGCAGUGAAAAAAACAGGACAGACUUUCUGUAAUGUAUGUACAGGAUCUAAAAGCCACUCAUACUGGACCUGUGAUAUUAGCACUUUUAUAUUGAAAAAGUGACCUGGUAAAUAGCCCCCAAGCUGUGAGUUCUGAUAUUUGUUCCAUUGUCUCUUGGGAGACUCUUUAGGUGUGGCAUACUGCAAUUGUUAUACUGUACUACUGUAGAAGCUCCUUUGGAAAUAUAACUCUUAAGUUAAUCUUACUAGCAAUGAAAGUGAUUAUUUCACAACAGCAUGCACACUAAUACAUGUGUACUUAUUUUGAGAAGGAAUUCUGUUGCAUUAAAUAUUUCUCUACAGCAGAAACAUUAAGCAUUUCUCAAUUUCU